AUGUCGCUUCCACACAACAGGAAGCGCCCCAACAACAGCACGGAUGAGCAAUCAUCGAGAGCUUGCGAUCAGUGCAGGAGUCGGAAGGUGAGGUGCGAUCGCCAGCAGCCUGAAUGCUCUAAUUGCCGCAAAGCCGGGGUGACAUGCGACUUCUCUGAUAUGCUCAGGCGCGUUAACUAUGCUAAACGAUUACACGACGAAUUCUCGAGCGUGUCGGCUCGCGUGGAUAAACUAGAAGCGAGUGUUGCCAAACUUCCAGAGCAAAUUGCACAGAUCUUAUCGUCACCUUCUUCGGCAUCAAACGCGGCCUCAUUGACUGGGCCUUCUAGUCCGCGAACUCUUCUGAACAAAUCACACGACAUGACCCCGCAUUCAAGAAACACGGAUUCCAAAUACGAAGAGACAUCGGAGAAAUGGCAGCCGCAUUUUGAGCGCAUUCAGAUCGCCCAAGGGGGUGAACGCAUCGUGGGUUAUCCAGCCGCACUUACCCUUUUUGUUUCGAUCAAGAGACAUCUCAUGAAAGCCUUAACAUCAACUACGCGUGAUCCUUCACAAGAUACGAACAUUAACCACUACUUGUCAAAACUCAUGUGCAGUAAACCCUUCCUACUGGCGGAGUUCCAGAAGCACUAUCAAGCUUUUCCAUUCAAUGGAAUAUGUAACGACCCAGCUAUCAAGUCUGAUGGCUGA